GCUGAGUGGCCCACGGUUGCAACAACAUUCAGUUGUGUCUCGCGGUAUCUGUUCCACGUUGGUUUAAGGUGUUGAGGGAAACGAUACGAAUCCUUGCUUCAGCGUCAGUGCUAAACGUCGUCGGUUGUCUGUGAUUUUUGUGAAUUUGAAAGACAAAAACGCCUCGUUGUUGCGGAGUUUGGGUGACACAGGGAGAAAUGUGCCUGCUUGAUUUACUGACGGGGAUCGGAGACACCCUGUGGGAAUAUGGGACAUUACUCACGCUCCUCUUCGUCAUGGUCUGCACCAUCUCUGCGCUGAGAACCUGGAAGAAGGAACAGCUCAGGAAGGAAUGGAAUGCUGCUGGAAAGGACGUCGUGGUCCUCCACACCUUCGGUCGAGGAUACACCUGCCCUCAUAUGUCGCCCUUCGGCCUGAAACUCGAGACCUAUCUUAGGAUGGCAGGAUACAAGAUUCAGAUAGAUGACCAGAAUCCCAAGAGCUCCAAGGGCAAAUCCCCCUGGAUAACACUGAACGGAGUCGACAUGACGGAUUCUCAGUUAAUCAUCGAUCAUCUGUCAGCCAACAACAAGAGUUUCAGCAGUCACUUGUCGGACAAAGAGAAAGCGAUUGCCAACGCCUUCCAGAUCAUGGUUGACGAACAUCUCUACUGGGGCUUGGUAAGAUACAGAUACCUUACAGAUCCCCACGUCAGGGUACUUCAGCUAACCUCCAUAUUCCCCAAAUGGAUCAAGUACAUGCUUUCAGUGAUGAAGCACAAGAUAAGGAAGGCACUCCAUGUCCAGGGCAUCGGUAGGCACAGCGAUGCUGAAGUGCUGGAGAUCAUGAGAAAGGAUCUCGAGAGCAUCUCCAUAUAUUUGGGCGAAAAACCCUUCAUUAUGGGAGACGAACCCUGCGAAGUUGACUGCGCCAUCUUUGGACAACUCGGCCAACUACUGUGGAAUGCUCCGGACUCCCCCUAUUACACGAUGGUGACAGAGGACUUCCCAAACCUUCAGCAAUAUUGCCUUCGCAUGAAAGAGAAGUUCUGGCCGGACUGGGAGGAGGUUUUGGACAAACCUCCCAAAUGAAGACUCACACCGACUCAGGGAGCAAGAACCAGUGUGUAUUUUUCACAACCAGUUCAGUAAAACAAAGAAAUACGAGUUCUCGAUGUAAUACGGUUGUUAUUUUCUGAAAUAUAGUGAAUACGUCAGUA